AUGAGCACCAACGACGACACCCAGGUCUUGCUCCAGAUGGUGACUCUAUCUAAGAGACUAUCUGCCAAGGCAGGAGAAAAUGUCACCAACGAACUUCGUUCGCUUAGACAACGGGAUCAAGAGAACUGCGCUUUCAUCAAUCGUCUCACCAAAGACAAGAGUACUCUUCUGCAACAAUCUGAAGCUGCGGUGGACGAAAAUGAAAAGCUCAAAAAGGAAGUUGAGAGCUUGAAUGUCAGAGUUACCCAAGCUGAAAAUGAUCUGGAUAAGCAUAGACGAAGUCUCAGAGAGGCGACGGCCAAGGUGGAGGAAUUGGACCAGUACAGGGUGGAGCUAAAAGACGAGACGGAGGACAACAUCUUGGAGAGGUGGAUACAAAUAUGGAAUCUCGUCAACCAGCUAGCCACAGACUACUUCUCCGAGAAUCUGGAUCCCGAUACCCUCCGAUCACACUCUGACUGGGAACCACCCACGAGUCAUAAUUUCCCCAAGAAGUUUCCUGCUCCGCCUACCAACUUGGAGAAGGCCAAACAGAUGCGUAUUGUUGGGGUCGACUCAAUCAUUGCAUCCGCAUUAACCCGCCAUAUUUUCCGCCCCAUCGGCCGAGACGAUGAUUUUGUGGCGGCCUUAUCUGAACUGGCUGUCUCAAACCCAAACAUGGAAUCGUUCUGCCGAUCAUCCCACUUUGCAGUCAUGGAGAAAUUGCCACGUUAUAGAGACUCCGUCAUUGAUAAAGCCGUAAAAGCUGCUGUCCGGGAUGUUAUCAAAGGUGUCAGCCCUAUACUCUCCGACGCAACUAUACGUCAAUUUCGAAUUGAUCUUGAGGACACGUGCCGCUUUGCCGAACGGGAGUGGCAAGUGUUCCAACGAUACAAAAAACGAUACGAGGUCGAUAUGGAGGGUGAUAAAGAAUUUUAUUUUCCCGUCCCACUUUGGCAGCCCUCAGAAGGGAACGAUAGCCGCGAAGUCAACAGAUCGGAGACGAAGUCGGCCCAAGAUCAGGCAGGAAAUGGUCAAAAAGGGAAGCAAUUGCCGUUGACUGAGAGAAGACCAGAUUUAGGUGCUAUUGUGACUUCUGUAUGGCCUUUGCUGAGGGUAGUGGAAGCGAAUGGCGCCAACCCACUGUUUUCUGGAUGGGCUUUAUUCUGGGACCAGGCAAAAGUGGCGCAGGAGCAGGUGAAGAAAGCUAACCGAGAGGCUGCCAGGAGCGUAAAUAAGCAGGAUGAGACGAAAAGGAGCCCGAGGCCUCUAUUCCAUGCGGCGUUUAGCGCGGGCUCUCCGAAGAGUACUUAA